AGGAUACAUAACGAAGUGGUCCUUCGCGCGUCUCCGUUGCAUAGAAACGAAAACCGUUGGGGACUUCAUAUAACAUCUACAAACUUUUAGUAUCUCGAUCUCUAGAUGAGUGAAUAAAAUUAUUUAUGCCAUCCUUCUGCUUUAGAAAAAUAAUAGUCACAAGACAAUCGGCGACAUCUGGAUUGCCAUUUGGAGUACCCGUGGUUAACAGAUGCUAUCAACGCUAAUUCUGUUAGCGGUGCUAGCCCACGGUUAAAUGUUAGCAUUCGUCGCCUCCGUCAGUGUCUCGGAGCGCACGGUGAAGGUAACAGUUUAAUGCUUACAAGAGACUUUAAAAAGUCAAAUGUAAUCCAUGACCUUUCCCGUACUACCAUCAGCUUCAGUUAGUGUAAGUUUUGUUGAUGUGACGACCAACGAACCAGUGAAAUGAGCGAUAUCAAGUCGAACGAAGCGAUGUUAACCUCAGCUAACCGAUGGCAAACUAGCUAACGCUUCUUGUCCUCAAAAGCCGUCGGAUGCUAGCUCCUUUAAGGAGCUCGGGCAGUUUUUUUUUCAGGUAUUUAAGUUAAGGUCAAGUUAGCAAGCAUAAGCUAAUACUAGCAUACCGGUCAAAGCAAUAAAAAAGAGGGAAAUGGCUGGUGACGUUGGCAGCAUCCCUGAACUGGACCAGAAGAAAUACGAUGCAGAUGAACAAGUGAAGAUCAUCUGUCUGGGCGACAGCGCAGUUGGUAAAUCUAAGCUGAUGGAGAGGUUUCUCAUGGAUGAAUAUCGUCCCCAGCAGUUGUCAACUUAUGCUCUGACUCUCUACAAAUACACAGCCACAGUGGGAAACAAGACAGUAGCUGUUGAUUUCUGGGACACGGCCGGUCAGGAGAGGUUUCAGAGCAUGCAUCCCUCAUACUACCACAAAGCACAUGCAUGCAUCAUGGUGUUUGAUGUUCAAAGGAAGAUCACAUACAAGAAUCUGGCCAACUGGUAUAAGGAGCUGAGAGAGUACAGGCCAGAGAUACCCUGUUGUGUGGUUGCCAACAAAAUCGAUGCUGAUUUGAAGGUGACACAGAGAAGCUUUAACUUUGGAAAGAAGCAAGGACUCCCAUUUUACUUUGUGUCUGCAGCUGAUGGGACUAAUGUAGUUAAGAUGUUCAGAGAGAUGAUCAAGAGAGCAGUGGACUACAAGCAAAACCCCAGUGACUUCAUGGAUGAAGUAAUGCAGGAAUUAGAGAAUUUUGACCUGGAGAAGAAAGAAGAUAAUUCAGAAGCAGAUGAGGAUGGACUGAAAGCAGAGAGUCCCGAGUUGGUCUGACAGAUUUUUGCAGCCCCCCCCCCUCCAACCCUGUGGUCAUCUCAUGGAUUAUUAAUCCUCCUCUGGGUAUGAUGCUGCAAAUAAAUUAAUAAAUUUUAGUCAGAAAACGUCAGAGAGAGAUCUCUGAUUCUCUGUGACAGACACCAUCAACAGGCACGUACUAUUGGAUUGUAACUCUACUACUGGAGGGUGGCUGACAGUCUUCUCAUCAGGUUUUAAGUCACUGUUCUCCAUCUGUCCAGUGACACUGGCAGGGAUGUAAACCUGGUGGAACAACUGAGAACUGUGUUGUUUACCGAGUUCAUUUAGCUGCUAUUUUAGCAUUGUUACUCAUACUUUGUCUUAACAAUAUCUACUAUUAUAGUAAUAGAAGAUCCCACAGUGAGGCUGAAUGUUUGCUUAAACGUGAAAACCAAUUAUGUUGUAAUAAGAAUGUGAAGAGUUGAAAACUAACUCACACAGAGCAAAGGGAACGUGUGAUUAUGAACUGAAUCCGCUGCUGUUUUCGACAUUUGUUUGUAGUGUUGUGUGUGGUGCCAGCGGGGCGCUGUAUCUGUUGGCUGCUUUUGUUGCAUUCAUAUUAUGAUGGAAAGUCUGUUUUUCCAGCGCCCUUCAAAUGAAAACUUAAUGUACCAUGUAACCAAAUUAUCAUAUGUUUCUUCCCAAAUUGCUGUGUGAGCCCACUGCAGGCACAAGAACACUAAGCAGUCAACUUCAGCAUUUUAGAGGAUACAACUGCCAGUCAUAUAUGAGUGGACAUGAGCUGUGUUGUACUCUUGUGAAAGGUCUCAGUUGUCCUUCGUGAUGUGUUUGAGGUAGCUGUUUGCACAUUCAUUCAUGUUAGCAGGAACGUUGCUAUGAAGAACUUUAAACCUGUUUUCUGACAGAAGCCUCAGUGUAGGGCAGGGUGAUACACGUAACUCGUUAUUUCUAUAUGAUUAUGAUGUUGUACACAGAAACUAUGUAUGUAAUUUUUCUAUUUAUAUUUGACUGUUUUGUGUGGUAUUUACUCAAAAUAAAUCACACUGGAACUUUUAAAUUUUAA